AUGGCCUCGUCGCCACCUUCAUCACCUGGCAACCUGCCACCAAGACCAUUGAGCGCCAUGGUCAAGCCGUCGCCCAGGAGUAAUAGUCGUCUGAGUAUGACCAGCAAGGCCGGCGGUGGUAGUCGAGCAUCUGACGAAGAUGGAGGACGUACCGCUGUCAGAGUCGCUGUUCGCGUGCGCCCGCCGUUAAACCCCAACGAUCCUGGCUUCGAACUCAUUCCUCAACGUUUUCAGAGAUCCAUGGUCCAGACGACAUCCGACACCAGUAUAUCCAUUGAUGCCCCGCAAGGCAAGAAGCUCUUCGUCUUCGACCGCGUUUUCAGCCCAGAUGUCACGCAAGAAGGAGUCUGGGAAUAUCUGCAUGAAAGUGUCAAUGCGUUCCUACAAGGCUACAAUGUCUCGCUGCUUGCCUAUGGUCAAUCUGGUGCUGGCAAGUCCUACACGAUGGGCACUUCGGGACCUACAGAACAGGAUGACCUCGAAUCCAUGGUUCAUCUUCUGCCUCCCGAGUACUUGAUGCUGACAUACUUGACUUCAGGAGUGGUCCCACGUGCUGCGACGGCUUUGUUUGAGAAACUCGAUGGACCUUCGCGCGAACAGCGGAAUUCAAAUCGCAACUCAAUGUCACAACUGAGAGCACCAUCGCGUUACUCAAUGCAGUCUCCUACACCCAGGGGCGAAAAGAAUUGGCAGCUGAAAGCCACUUAUGUGGAGAUCUACAAUGAGCAAUUGCGUGACCUGCUUAUGCCAGAUCACAUUCCACAGCAUGAGCGAGGCAACGUCACUAUUCGGGAAGACCAAAAAGGAAACAUCAUCCUCACUGGCCUCCACCAGAUUGACAUCAACUCCGCGGAAGACCUUAUGAACGCCCUCAAUUUCGGCUCAUCAAUUCGGCAGACUGACGCGACAGCCAUAAACGCGAAGUCAUCACGUUCCCACGCUGUCUUCAGUCUAAACCUUAUCCAGAAGAAACCCAAGCCUCAAGGGGCCCAGGGAGCAGAGAAGCGCUUCUCAGUGCCCGUUGAGGCAUUGACGGGCGGAGAGACCUGGGUUACCACGGAUAGCAAGUUGCACUUCGUCGAUUUAGCCGGCAGCGAGCGUUUGAAGAACACGGGUGCCCAGGGAGAGCGGGCCAAGGAGGGUAUAUCCAUCAACGGCGGUCUUGCUGCUUUGGGCAAAGUCAUCUCGCAGCUUUCGUCGCGCCAGUCUGGCUCGCAUGUUUCUUACCGGGACUCGAAGUUGACCAGACUUCUGCAGGACUCGCUGGGCGGCAAUGCUAUUACCUAUAUGAUCGCCUGUGUGACCCAGGCAGAAUUUCACCUAAGUGAGACGCUCAACACCGUCCAAUAUGCGCAGAGAGCCCGAGCGAUCCAAAGCAAACCUCGAAUCCAGCAGAUAGAGGAGGGAGACAAGCAGGCCAUUAUUGAGCGCCUGAAGGCCGAAGUUUCCUUCCUGCGCGAGCAGAUCCGGAACUCGGAACACCGCGGUGGGGGUGAAAGGCGCACCGCGGUGGCAAACGAGAGGUCCGAGAGGCAGAACGAGCGGGAGGCCGAACUGCAAAACCAGCUGCUGGACACGCAGGAGAAUUAUAACACCUUGAGCCAGCGCCAUGCUAAGCUCAUUGCGGAAAUGGCCAGGGCCCGGGAUAAUGAGGCUGCUGAGAAUCACACCCUAGACGAAGCCUUGGGCGAUACAGCGACCGAGCGGCUGAACCGGUCCAACUCUUUCGCUCAGGCCGUCGAGCAGGUCGUUCUGGAGUACGAGAAAACCAUCCAAACUCUCGAGCAGUCCCUCUCCAGCACACGGGCCUCCCUCUCAAACACCGAAACCGAUCUGCUGGAGAAAGAGACGAAAUGUGCCUAUGUUGAGACCAUCAACACACAACUGCAGAGCCGUCUACACAAGCUGAUGGAUCGUGAAGCCAACACCGAAAGCUAUCUUCAAGAUUUGGAGACCAAGCUCGACGGACAGACAUCUGGCGAAGAGAAGAAUGCCUCAAUCAUCAUUGAACUUCGCAAGGAGCUUGCCAGAAUUCGAGAAAAUGAGACUGCUGCCGAAGAGUACAUCACAACUCUGGAGGAGAGGUUGGCUGAAUCGGACCAGGACCAGGAGCUGAUGCAACGAGAAAUGGAUCGCCUCGAGCAGGUCAUUGAACGUCAACGAAGUUUGGGGAAGCUGGACAGUCUUCUUUGUGAAUUGGACAACAUCCGAGAGGAUGGCAAGCAACCCGAUGCUGAAACCGAGGUUAGCAAUGGCACCGGACACCGACGCACUUUCUCCGACCGGUCAAGCAAAAGCCACAUGAGCCGCGCAAGCCAAGGACCCCGCGAGUUUCUGCCCAAGGUUUCAGAAGGCACCGAGGAUGAAGUUAACGACCCCUCUACUGAGAAGGUCGCCGAUGGCGUUGAUGAGUCUCCAGAAUCUACCACCAGCCUGAAGGAAAAGUCUGAAGACGCCGAAUACCCACCGCAAAGUCCUGCCCAGAGCCAAUUCGUCAACGACAAGCUCGAGAGUGUCACCCAAGAACUGGUUCACCUGCGCGUUGAACACGAGACGAGCAUUACCGAGUACGACAUGCUUCAAGCCAAGUAUGAAGAAGCUUUGCGAAAUCUGGCUGAGCUGCAGGAUCAGGUUGACGAGGCCCGACACCCAGGCAGACAACGUGACUCCCUCUUGUCGGUCACAUCCCCCACGGAGACGAGACCGCCUUCCUUCUUAUCCGACACGAAGUCCGCCCACGUCAAGAAUGGGAUGCGCUUAUCGUCACGGUCGCUCUCUUCGGAAUUGUCCUCCGCCUUGGAAUCCCCAGCUACUACGGAUACUAUGGAGACUGAAGCCGCAGAAGGUCCCAAGCCUUCGGUGUCUAGCGAGACUCUUACAGCACAAGUCUCAUCCCACGAGGCACUGGCUGUUGAGUUGGACAAGCUCAAGCUGCUCGCCAGCGAGAAGGAAGCGGCCGAGAGGGAGCUUGCCGAGAAGUAUGCUCAGCUCGAAGAGAAGCACCAAGAAACUUUGGAUGUGGUCGAGGAGCUCAAGACUGAGGUCGCCAAGGCCAGAUACGCCGAACCAAGUUCUCCGCGGACUGCAACGCCAGUGAUUCGCAGGAAGUCCAGUCAGAACAUGAUGAUCAUCGACCGUGCCCACCGAUCAUUUGCCGCCCUUCGAAAUAUCGCCGCAGACAACUUUGAAGGCCAUACCGAUACUAUGCAAAACUUUGAGCUGAAUCUGAAUGCUGCCAUGCACGAGUUGCACGCUAGGUCCGAGCGUAUUCAGGAGCUUGAAGCUGACGUUGCCAACGCCAAGAAGGAAAUGGAGACAAAGAUGACCAUCAUCUCAGGCUUGACUCGUGAACGGUCAAGUAUGUCGUCCAGUCCGAUGGACAUUUCCGUGGUGGCGACGAUGAGAGAUCAGCUCGAGCAGAAUGAGCAACGACUUCAGGAGAUGCAUGAAUCGCAUGGUCGUCGCGAGAAGGAACUCAUGGCUGAACUGGAGGCUCUCCGCGCUUCCGUCAACGAAGCUGCCGAAGCGAGGUCGAAGUCGACCGCGCAGACACAAGAAAGCAACGACCGCGACGAGGAACUGCGCGCUGCUCACCAGAAGAAGAUUACUGACCUCGAGACUGAACUCAGCGGAUGGGAAGGUAAACAUCAGACUACUCUUGAAUCGAUGCAGGCCACAGAGAGGCAAAUGAAGCAGACGAUUAUGGAACUCGAAGCCCAUGUCGCUGAUGUCAAUGCGAGAUUCGAUGAAGCCCAGAACAAGGAAACCAGGAGUGGCGACGAGGCCAAAGAGGCCGAAUUAAAGCAUCAAAACCUCGUUACGUUCCUUCGCAAUGAGAUCGAUGAGUACAAGACUAUCAUCAACAGCAACUCCACCAAGGUUGCCGAGUUGGAACAAUCACACUCUUCUGCAAGGACACAGCUGGAAGAGGCGACCCAGGCGAGGGAUCUAGCCUCGGCGGAAGCUAACAAUCACAAGGAACUUGUGUGCCGUCUUGAAACCCAGAUCGCCGCGCAUGAGAACGCGCUCAAGUCCCACGAAGAAAGCCUACAGGAUUUGCACUCCAAUCAUGCUAGAGACAUCGAAAGCAUCAGAGCGAGUUCCAAGGCGGACUAUGACUCGCAGCUCAAUGUACUCAUGUCCGAGCAUGCCGAGAAUAUCAAAUUGCUAGAGAGCGAUGCUUCUGAAGCCCGCGAGGAGCUCAUGAAGGUCGCCACGCAAGUAGCUUUCGCUCUUGGCUUGGACGUUAGCGUCGAAAGGAUCUCUGAACGCAUCGAAGACUUGGUCGCAGACCACAAGGCCCUGGGUGCCGAGCAACAGAGAACGGCGGAGCUCGAGGGCCACGUCGACGAACUUUCGACUAUCAACAACACCAUCAUGCGAGAUCUUGAAGCUGUCAAGUCUUCUCUCAACGACAUGCUCCGUGUAGAUGGCGAGAACAUGAAGAGCCCGUACCCUUCGGUCAAUGAGCAGCUAGCAGUCAUCAAGAAGAAGAUACAUGAUCUUGAGAACCGAAACAAGAAGCACUCGCGAUUGGUCGAAGAAUUGGAAGAUCAGCUCCAGACGAACUACGACCAAGCCCAGAUCACCACGAAUCGGCUGUCUACGCUUCAAACAGAGCGCCAUGCGCAAUUGGAAGAAGCUACCAAUGCGAAGUACAAGGCGGAGGUUGAGUUGGAGGCCAUCCGGCAAGAAAUGCUCGCCCUACAGGCUCGCAUGGAGGAUCCUGCGGAUGCACCCAAGCGAACCAGCUCGAUGAGCUCUCAAGUACGCAAGACAGCCUCGGUUUCAUCUUUGCCGUCACCGCCCCCAGCGAUACCCCUUCCCCCUCUGCCGGCUGGUGGAACUACCUCGCCUGUGCCACCAACGCCCACUGGUGGUCGACCGCUUAGUAACGAUCUUGCGGCUCAAAAUCGGGACGACCAAGAGGCACGCCUUAAAAGCAUCGAGAGGCAUCUGAACGCCGAGAGACAGCUCACCUCAACUUUGGAAGAGGCCCUGACAGACCUGGAGCGCCAGUCCAACAAGGUCAAGGCUGACUGCGAGGCCUGGAAGAAGCGUGCACAGGAGCUCGAGUCCGACAUUAAGGAAUUGAAGGAGAAGCCACAGCAAGACAACCGAUGGCGAGAGAGUAUGCACCAGAUCGAAGAAGAGCGGAAGAAGCGCCAGGAGUCCGAGAGAGCUCGUGCUCACCUUGAGGAACGCAUGAAUGCCAUCAACAACAAAAAGAAGAAGAAGGGCAGCCUCAACUGCUUCUAG